UAUAUAAUAAAGAGAAGGUUAUGAACUUUGUCAUUCAUUUUUGACCCCCCUUCGCUUCAGAAGCUAUUUAAUUUAACAAAUCAGCAAAUAUUCCACGUUUUCAUGCUUGCAGUGAAUAAAAUAAACUCUCUUCUUAUUUCAUGCCAAUUUUCACCGCUGGACCCCACGUAGUUCUUGAGAUGUACCCCCAUGUCUGUUAUUUCUAAGUAGGUCGUACAUUUACUGGCAGGCCGAUUUCUACUUUCGCUUCAAGAGUGAACAUACUUAUUGCACGAUGCCAUUACUAUCAUUAACAUAUAUCAAUAAGCACAGUUGCAAGAGAAUAUCACUUACCCUAUUUAUGUGUUAUUUAAUCCAUUAUAAAGACCCAAAUGCAAUUAAAUUAUUCGUUGUUUACUGGCUGUCUGUAACUUCCGGCCAUUUUGUUUGUCCCGAGUACCCAAAUGAAAGAUGCACACUGAUUGGACGAUCGUUUGGCGGAUUUUUUCGGAACAACUCUUCACUCAUCCCGAAUUUUCAACGUAAACACCCAUGGAUGAAAAGAUGCACUUAACUAAUGGACAACAACGUGCGCUAAAAAUCGCACUCGAGGGUCACAAUUUGUAUGUAGGAGGCCAAGCAGGUACUGGGAAAUCAGUACUACUUUCGCAUAUAUUUGAAAGUCUUCAUAACAAAAAAAAAGUUGCGCUAACAUGCACUACAGGAAUAGCUUGUACAAACUUUCCUUCGAGGUUUGAUGCAGUCACUAUUCACAGCUGGGCUGGAUUAGAUGAUGGAAGGCAUGAUACUAGUGAAAUUAAAAGCAUAGUCAAACACCACAAAAAGGACGUAUAUAACAGAAUAUGUGCAACAGAUGUUUUAAUUGUGGAUGAAAUAUCUAUGCUGUCACAAAGACUACUUGAACAACUUGAAGAGGUAUGUUCAUUGCGAGAUGAACCCAAAUAUUUUGGAGGAAUCCAAGUAGUUCUUUGUGGGGAUUUCAUGCAGUUGCCGCCCGUGAGAAAUGCUAUAUAUAAUGAUGCUGGGAAUUUCUGCUUCCUCAGUCCACUCUUCGAUACUGCAUUUCCACAUCGUAUCAUUUUAAAAGAUGUUGUGAGACAAAGUGAUAUUGAAUUUGUAUGCACCAUCAACGAAAUAGCUAGAGGUUCUUUAAGUCAGAAAUCAAAGAACUUUUUACAGAGCCUUGACAGACCACUUCAUGUUCCAUCAAGUGUGAAGCUUUAUGCAACAAAUGAAUUAGUAAAUAGACACAAUAGAAAGUGUCUUUUUGAAAUGCCAGGGAUUCAUACAGAGUAUUUAGCCGAGGAUUCCGGAGAUAUUUCUUGUUUGUCUCGAGUCGCAGCACCACAAGUUCUUUGGCUGAAGAAAGAUUGCCCUGUUAUUCUGUUGAAAAACCUCUCAAAAAAGCUUGUAAAUGGGUUACAGGGAACUAUUAUGUCCUGUGAAAGAGAUGGCCCAGUGGUACAUUUUGCUUCUGUUGAUGAAACAGUCAAGAUGAAACAAGAAAGAUUUUCAGUAUUCAGUCCUGUGUUGCGAAGAAAUCUUGCUGAGAGAAAGCAAAUUCCAGUCAAACUUGCAUUUGCCUUAACUAUUCAUAAAGCCCAGGGGAUGACACUUGAAUGUGUGGAAAUUGAUUGCCAACAAAUUUUCUCCCCUGGACAACUUGGGGUAGGUGUGAGUAGAGUUAAGUCCCCAACAGGACUGCGGCUUAUCAACUUUAAUGAAACUGCUUGUAUCCCUAUGCCAACAAUCAUUUUCAAGUUCCUGGAUACAUGUACACUCACAAUGACGCAAGAUGCAGAUCUUGGCUGUUGUAAGAACACAAGAAUCAGGUGUAAUGAAAAGGCAUUUGAAGAAAAUUAUCAUCUUGAACCAGUUGUACAGGAACAUGACAUGUUGGAGAAUGUUGAAGACUCGCACGGUGACAUUGACAGUAUUCUGGAUGAUAUGAAACAUGUUCAAACUGAUGAUUCAGAAGGGAUUGAAUUGCCUGAGGGAUUAGAUAUCCAUUCAAUUUUGACAAAUAUUUAUGUGCAAGAUGCAGAGACUAAAGUACAAAAGCAAACAAAUUGUGUAAUAGAUACACUUUUGACCGGAAAUUUUGAUUAUGAUGUAAAAAAAUUUUGCAGUCAUACUUUCAGUGUUAUGACCGAGUGUGUGGAGUCAUUAAAAAUUGAUAGGGAAAACCCCUUAGCAGUAAAACCAGACAAACUCUCACAUUUUUUCAAACAGUGUCAUCAAUUUCAAACUUCUGAUGAAUUUAAGGCAUGUACCCUACUGAUGUUUUUUGAUGUGCAUCAAAUUAAUCCUGUAUCACCACAGGUUAUGGCUCAUAUUGCUUUUAAUAUUUUUGUUCAUAUUAGGAAGUUUAUUCUUGGUCAGCUGGAAAAAGUGUACAAAAUUGGAGAUAAAUGUUUUAAAAAAAGGAGUCUUACUGAAGAAAGCUUAGGGAAAGUGAGAUAUGUUGGGGGUUACUGUGUGGCAAAGACACGCCACCACUACAACAAAAUUCUUCGUCAAAGAAGUUUUAAGAUAGGGGAGUCGAAUCAGAAAAAAUAUGAUGAAGCAUUCACAAUAAUACAGAUCCUAGAUAACUUUAGAGAAAAUGAAGUUAUACUUGGAGCAACUUCAUCCCUUCCUCAGACACUUGUAGAGACAGCUGUCAAACAGAACAUUUCAAGAGGUCUCACAAAUAUAACAGACAAAAUGUUUCUUUUCUUCAUGUCUGUAUGUGAAUUGUGUUUAAGUGUUUUUAUUGAGAAAAAUUUAAACAUUCAUGGUAACAAUAUCUAUGAAGCAUGCAAAGAAAAAAUACACAGUGAUGGGAAACUUUAUCAGCUAUUCCUGGAUGCAGUUAAUUUUUCCCCGCCUGCUGAAUUUUUACAGUCGCAGAGUAUUAUUGUUCUUUUAGAUGAAAUGGUUGAUAGAGUAAAUGCUUUAGAAACUUUAUACAAAGUUUUGACUGAGAAAUUCAUGAUGGUCAUGUUAAACCAGUACAGAAAAGAUAUUCUUUCAUGUUUGUCCAUACAUAAAAAAAUGGCUCACAGAAAGCAGAUUCUUGUCAAGUCAUAAACGCUUGAAUACUGAAUAAUAAAGAAAAGAAUAUUCACUUAUAAAUUUUUUAGUUUUCUUCUUUGAGGGAGGGGUGUGUGGUGUUUUAAAAAAGAAAAGUACCGGUAUAUGAGAGAAGAGUUGUAGCACUUACUUAGUUUAUGAUUUGAGGCUUGUAUAAUUUAUGUUAGAAAUUUAUUGAUAUAUCUUCAGUUUUCAUUUAUUUAUUAAUUGCUACUUUUCAUCAUCAUGGUUACAGUCAUAUAAAAUACGAGUAAUACUGGAGGGGGGGGGGGUAUAGAGUCCUUGAAGUAGCUCCCAGGUACAUCUGCAUUGCAGGGAUAUAGAAAUAAUACUUUUAAUAAUAUAAUAUGUUAAUAUAAAAAUAAUAUACCAGUAGAAAUACUUUAUCACAUAAGAAAUAUCUUUCAAAAUAGAACCAUUGAUUCAUUGUAUAUUGUCAUAUUAUCAUGGGUCGUCUGAUGCGUUUGCCCCCUUCACGUCAACUAAACAUUGAUAAUUUUAAUUAUUGAUAAUUUGGACUCAGAUCUUAGUGUUAUUCAAUUUUUCUGUAUAUUUUCUAUAAUCAAUUUAACUUGGCGUCAAAAAAUUCACAGCAUUAUGAAUUUAAAAAAAAAAAUAAAUGAAUACCAGGUAAUGACAGCCAUGCUUCUUCAUCCAUGGGUGUUUACGUUGAAAAUUCGGGAUGAGUGAAGAGUUGUUCCGAAAAAAUCCGCCAAACGAUCGUCCAAUCAGUGUGCAUCUUUCAUUUGGGUACUCGGGACAAACAAAAUGGCCGGAAGUUACAGACAGCCAGUAAACAACGAAUAAUUUAAUUGCAUUUGGGUCUUUAUAAUGGAUUAAAUAACACAUAAAUAGGGUAAGUGAUAUUCUCUUGCAACUGUGCUUAUUGAUAUAUGUUAAUGAUAGUAAUGGCAUCGUGCAAUAAGUAUGUUCACUCUUGAAGCGAAAGUAGAAAUCGGCCUGCCAGUAAAUGUACGACCUACUUAGAAAUAACAGACAUGGGGGUACAUCUCAAGAACUACGUGGGGUCCAGCGGUGAAAAUUGGCAUGAAAUAAGAAGAGAGUUUAUUUUAUUCACUGCAAGCAUGAAAACGUGGAAUAUUUGCUGAUUUGUUAAAUUAAAUAGCUUC